UUUCAAUGAGAGAACAUCUCCAGUUGCAGUGCCCCACCUGGUCCUCAUGCUGCUGAGGCUCUUGCUGUUGAUCUGCGCUCCACUCUGUGAACCAACUGUGGUGUUUCUGAGAGCCAGCCCCUCUCAGCCCAUAGAGGGGAACUCAAUGACCCUGACUUGUAAGAUCCAGCAUGCUCCACUGAAGUCAGAUGCCCAGUUCUGCUUCUUUAAAGAUGGUCAGACCCUGGGGCAGGGCUGGAACAGCUUCCCGGAGUUCCAGAUCGCCACCAUGUGGAGGGAAAACUCAGGGUCCUACUGGUGUGGAGCAAAGACAGCAUCACCCAAAGCGAUAUGGAGCCAGAGUAUCCAGAUAGAUGUGCAGAGAGUUCCCGUCAGUAAUGUGAGCUUGGAGAUACAACCUCCAGGGGGACACGUGAUGGAGGGAGAGAAGCUGAUUCUUGUCUGCUUGGUUGCUGGGGGCACAGGAGACAUCACUUUCCUCUGGUACAAAGGGGCCCUGGGUUUAAACCUGGAAACAAAGACUCGGCGUUCACUGACAGCGAAGUUUGAGAUCCCUACGGUGAGGGAGAGUGAUGCUGAGCAAUAUUACUGUGCAGCUGACAAUGGCUAUGGCCCCAGUCUCAGUGGGCUAGUGAGAAUCACUGUCAGAAUUCCAGUGUCUCGCCCUGUCCUCACCCUCAGGGCUCCCAGGGCCCAGGCUGUUGUGGGAGACAUGGUGGAGCUUCACUGUGAGGCCCAGAGAGGCUCUCCCUCGAUCUUGUACAAGUUUUAUCAUGAAGAUGUCACCCUGGGGAGCAGCUCGGCUUCUUCUGGAGGAGGAGUGUCCUUCAACCUCUCUCUGACAGCAGAACACUCUGGAAACUACUCCUGCGAGGCCAACAAUGGCCUGGGGGCCCAGCGCAGUGAGGUGGUGCCACUCAACAUCACAGUGCCUACAGAGGACAGAAAAGAGCUUCUAACUUCAGGAGUCAUUGAGGGGCUGCUUGGCAUCCUUUGUCCCACCACUAUUGCCCUAUUAUUUUGCUGCUGGCUCAAGAGAAAAAUCGGAAGACGUUCAACCAGGGAUCCACCAGGGAGCGCUCCCAGCCCUGUACCUCAACAACCCACCUACCUCAACUCACCUGACCCAGUGCAACAACAACCUAUAUACCAAAAUGUGAAUGUUGUAAGUGGGGAUGAGGUUUAUUCUUUGGUGUACCAAAUGCAGCAGGAACUGCAAUCAGCAGUAGUGGAACCCCCAAGGACACGUAAUGAGGAUAAGGACCCCUCAGCCAUAUAUUCUUGGCUGAAGAAGGCGAACGAUACAGAUUUGGAUUAUGAAGAUGCUAUGUAAAGUUAUGGAAGGUUCUGCUCUUUGGAAACCAUCCAUGACCCCAUGCCUGAGAACCAAUAUGUUCUUCAGAGAUCCUGGGGGAGUCAGCUGUCCAGUACACCUCAUCCAGGUGCUUUCCUCCAUGAGAAUAUUUCUGCAACUACUGUGAAGUGAAGUUGGCUCAAGCCCUGAAGAACUCACCCAGGAGAACCAACACAAAUGCAGAAAUGGGAAGGACUUUGUUACCAGAACUGGAUUCCUACUGGAUCUUUUAGGCAUAGGUCAAAUUGUGCUCUAAUCUCUUUUUAUAAGAGGAAACAGGAUAGGAUAAAAAUAACUGUGGAUCUUGGG